AUGUGGUGGGGUAACCCUACAUGCGAACCCAUAGACGAUUCUGAAACCGACGUACCUGACUCCAUUUGGUGCGAUUUCCGACUGAGAGAGAACGAUCUUGGCCUAGUGGUUGUUAUUUACCUCCCACCAUCGUCUACUCCUGAGAUGGACUGCAAUUUGAUGGCUGCGUUGAAGCAACUGAUAAACAGAAAGUUCAGUCACAUUCUAGUCACCGAUGAUUUCAACUUACAUGUUCUAGAAUCCCAAGCCACACCACGAGAGCAAUUCAAAGCGGACUUGCAGGAUCUGGUUUCAGAUUUCCCACUUUAUGGCCACGUCACUACGCCCACCAGAUUCAGGGGAACUAACAGGUCAUCCAUAUUGGACCGAAUAUUCACUAAUGAAGAAUUGAUGGUCGAGAGAUUGAUAACCGAUACUCCUUUGGGCUGCAGUAAUCAUGCGACACUAGUGUUUCAUUACAUGUGCUACGCUGAUUGUCCUAAAGAGCAUGUCAAGGAAUAUCAUGCCGUAACCAACUACGAAGACCUGUCCGACCAAAUUGAUGCAACAAGCUGGUCGUUCUUAGCCGAAUUGACCCCUGAGGUGGCCUGCAGAGAAUUCGUCAACAAAUUUACCAAGCUCGUGGCAAGGACAUCUGAAACCAAACGCUGCCGGUCUAAAAGGAUGAAGUCUUUCAUAAGCAGCAGGACACAUAAAUACAUGGCAUUUAUGGACUUGGCAUGGCACACCUACAUAGCCUCCCCGAACGACCAUACCUGGGACGUCUACACAAUACAAAGAAACCACUGUGUCAAACUCGUCCGGGAGGAUAAACUGAAGAACCAACAAGGUCUAGUGGAAAAGUUUUGUUCUAAUCCCAAACUGCUAUAUAAACACGUAAACAAUUUGCGCCGGGUUAAGCGCGCUGUACUGAAGUGGCUGAUGUCUCUGCGCGAGUUCAGCUCCCCGGGUGCGGACGGCAUUCGACCGAAGGCGUUGAAAGUUGCUGUCAUGAGUUUGGCAGGACCACUAACAAUUUUCUUUCAACGAUGUGUGAACGAGAUGCACGUCCUCAUGAUGUGGAAGCACGGAAUCAUCAUGCCAAGCUACACAAGUGGCAGUCGUGCUGAACCAGCAAAUUAUCGCCCGAUAACACUACCUCUUGGGAUCUCCAAGGUUAUGGAGUCCAUUGUAGCUGAGGCUCUGAUGGGGUACCUGGAGAACAACAAAAUUCUCGUUCCGGAGCAACACGAAUUUCGCCAAAAGCGCUUCUGUACCACUAAUCUCUUGAUUGCUCGUGCAAGCUGGACGGAAUCUGUGGACGCUGGUGUAGGAGUCGACGCGGCCUACUUGGAUUUCUCAAAGGCAUUCGACCGUAUGGACCAUCGCAUUCUCCUUCACAAACUCCAGAAAUAUGGAAUCGGCGAUCCUGUUCUGGGCUGA